CUCCCGCCGUCGCGCCGCCGCCAGCAGCCGGGCCCGUCCGCCCGCCCCGUGCCCGCCGGUGCCCGCGCCAGCCCCAUGGCGCUCCGGGGCUUCUGCAGCGCCGAUGGCUCCGACCCUUUCUGGGACUGGAACGUCACGUGGUACACUGAUAACCCUGACUUCACCAAGUGCUUUCAGAACACCGUCCUCGUGUGGGUGCCUUGUUUUUACCUCUGGGCCUGUUUCCCCUUCUACUUCCUGUAUCUCUCCCGACAUGACCGGGGCUACAUUCAGAUGACACACCUCAACAAAGCCAAAACUGCCUUGGGCUUUUUGCUUUGGAUCGUCUGCUGGGCAGACCUCUUCUACUCUUUCUGGGAAAGAAAUCGGGGUGUGUUCCUGGCCCCUGUGUUUCUGGUCAGCCCAACUCUCUUGGGCGUUACCAUGCUGCUCGCUACCUUUUUAAUUCAGCUGGAGAGGAGGAAGGGAGUCCAGUCCUCAGGAAUCAUGCUCACUUUCUGGCUCGUAGCCCUCCUGUGUGCCACUGCCAUCUUGAGAUCCAAAAUCAUGGCUGCCUUGAAAGAGGAUGCCCAAGUCGACGUGUUUCGCAACAUCACUUUCUACAUUUACUUUUCCCUUGUGCUGAUUCAGCUCGUGUUGUCCUGUUUCUCAGACCGCUUACCUCUGUUCUCAGAAACCAUCAACGACCCCAAUCCUUGCCCGGAAUCCGGUGCCUCCUUCCUUUCCAGGAUCACCUUCUGGUGGAUCACAGGGCUGAUGGUCCAGGGCUACCGCCAACCCCUGGAGAGCACAGACCUCUGGUCCCUGAACAAGGAGGACACAUCAGAAGAAGUCGUGCCUGUUUUGGUAAAGAACUGGAAGAAGGAAUGUGCCAGGUCUAGGAAGCAGCCUGUGAAGAUCGUGUACCCCUCCAAAGACCCUGCCAAGCUGAAAGGGGGCUCCAAGGUGGAUGUGAACGAGGAGGCGGAGGCUCUGAUUGUCAAGACCCCCCAGAAGGAGCGGGACCCGUCCCUGUUUAAGGUGUUAUACAAGACCUUUGGGCCCUACUUCCUGAUGAGCUUCUUGUUUAAGGCUCUCCACGACCUGAUGAUGUUUGCCGGCCCGGAGAUCUUAAAGUUGCUCAUCAAGUUUGUGAACGACACUCAGGCCCCCAACUGGCAGGGCUACUUCUACACGGCACUGCUGUUCAUUAGCUCCUGCCUGCAGACCCUUGUGCUGCACCAGUACUUCCACAUCUGCUUCGUCAGUGGCAUGCGGGUCAAGAGUGCCGUCGUCGGGGCCGUCUACCGGAAGGCCCUGGUGAUCACCAAUUCAGCCAGAAAAUCCUCCACGGUCGGGGAGAUCGUCAACCUCAUGUCUGUGGAUGCCCAGAGGUUCAUGGACUUGGCCACGUACCUUAACAUGGUCUGGUCGGCUCCUCUGCAAGUCAUCCUCGCGCUCUACCUCCUGUGGCUGAACCUGGGCCCUUCUGUCCUCGCCGGCUUGGCUGUGAUGAUUCUUAUGGUUCCCGUGAACGCUGUGAUGGCCAUGAAGACCAAGACCUACCAGGUGGCCCAUAUGAAAAGCAAAGAUAAUCGGAUCAAGCUGAUGAAUGAAAUUCUCAAUGGCAUCAAGGUGCUCAAGCUCUAUGCCUGGGAGCUGGCAUUCCGGGAGAAGGUGUUGGCCGUCAGGCAGGAGGAGCUGAAGGUGCUGAAGAAAUCUGCCUACCUGGCUGCUAUGGGGACCUUCACCUGGGUCUGCACACCUUUCCUGGUGGCCCUAUCUACAUUUGCCGUCUACGUGACCGUCGACAAGAACAACAUCCUGGAUGCCCAGAAAGCCUUCGUGUCCUUGGCCUUGUUCAAUAUCCUCCGGUUCCCCCUGAAUAUUCUCCCCAUGGUCAUCAGCAGCAUCGUGCAGGCAAGCGUUUCUCUCAAGCGCCUCCGGAUCUUCCUCUCUCACGAGGAGCUGGAGCCAGACAGCAUCGAGCGGCGGCCUGUCAAGGACGGCGGGGGGACGAACAGCAUCACCAUGAAGAAUGCGACCUUCACCUGGGCCAGGAACGACACUCCCACGCUCAGUGGCAUCACCUUCUCUGUGCCGGAAGGCGCCUUGGUGGCCGUGGUGGGCCAGGUGGGCUGUGGAAAGUCGUCUCUGCUGUCAGCACUGUUGGCUGAGAUGGACAAGCUGGAGGGGUACGCGGCUAUCAAGGGCUCAGUGGCCUAUGUCCCCCAGCAGGCCUGGAUCCAGAAUGAUUCUCUCCGAGAAAACAUCCUUUUCGGACACCAGCUGCAGGAGCAGUAUUACAAAGCCGUGAUCGAGGCCUGUGCCCUCAUCCCAGACUUGGAAAUCCUGCCCAGCGGGGACCGGACAGAGAUUGGCGAGAAGGGCGUGAACCUGUCUGGGGGCCAGAAACAGCGCGUGAGCCUGGCCCGGGCCGUGUACUGCAACUCUGACAUCUACCUGCUUGAUGACCCCCUGUCGGCGGUGGACGCUCACGUGGGAAAACACAUAUUUGAGAAUGUGGUCGGCCCCAAGGGGAUGCUGAAGAACAAGACACGGAUCCUGGUCACGCACAGCAUCAGUUACCUGCCCCAGGUGGAUGUCAUCAUUGUCAUGAGCAGCGGCAGAAUCUCUGAGAUGGGCUCCUACCAAGAGCUGCUGGCCCAGGACGGGGCCUUCGCCGAGUUCCUGCGCACCUACGCCAGUGCGGAGCAGGAGCAGGCUUCGGAGGAUGAUGGGCAAACGGGCACCAGUGGUCCAGCGAAGGAGGCGAAGCAGAUGGAGAACGGAAUGCUCGUGAAUGAGGCCGCGGGGAAGCAGCUGCGCAGACAGCUCAGCAGCUCCUCCUCCUACAGCGGGGUCAGCAAGCACCACAGCAGCACCGCCGAGCUGCAGAAGGCCGGGGCGGAGAAGGACACCUGGAAGCUGACAGAGGCCGACAAGGCUCAGACGGGGCAGGUCAAGCUCUCCGUGUACUGGGACUACAUGAAGGCUAUCGGACUCUUCAUCUCCUUUCUGAGCAUCUUUCUGUUCUUGUGUAACCAUGUGGCUGCCCUGGUCUCCAACUAUUGGCUCAGCCUCUGGACUGAUGACCGUGUCGUCAACGGGACCCAGGAGCACACCCAAGUCCGGCUGAGUGUCUACGGAGCCUUGGGCAUCUUGCAAGGUAUCACUGUGUUUGGCUACUCCGUGGCGUUGUCCAUUGGGGGCAUCUUCGCCUCCCGCCGCCUCCACCUGGACCUGCUGCACAACGUCCUCCGGUCGCCCAUGAGCUUCUUCGAGCGGACGCCCAGCGGGAACCUGGUGAACCGCUUCUCCAAGGAGUUGGACACGGUGGACUCCAUGAUCCCGCAGGUCAUCAAGAUGUUCAUGGGCUCCCUGUUCAGCGUCAUCGACGCCUGCAUUGUCAUCCUACUGGCAACGCCCAUGGCUGCUGUCAUCAUCCCACCCCUGGGCCUCAUCUACUUCUUCGUCCAGAGGUUCUACGUGGCGUCCUCGCGGCAGCUGAAGCGCCUGGAGUCGGUGAGCCGCUCGCCCGUGUACUCGCACUUCUCCGAGACGCUGCUGGGCGUCAGCGUCAUCCGCGCCUUCGAGGAGCAGCAGCGCUUCAUCCGCCAGAGCGACCUGAAGGUGGACGAGAACCAGAAGGCCUACUACCCCAGCAUCGUGGCCAACAGGUGGCUGGCCGUGCGGCUGGAGUGUGUCGGCAACUGCAUCGUCCUGUUUGCAGCCCUGUUCUCAGUGAUCUCCCGGCACAGCCUCAGCGCCGGCCUGGUGGGCCUCUCGGUGUCUUACUCGUUGCAGGUGACCACAUACUUGAAUUGGCUGGUACGGAUGUCGUCUGAGAUGGAGACCAAUAUUGUGGCCGUGGAAAGACUCAAGGAGUAUUCAGAAACUGAGAAGGAGGCUCCCUGGCGGAUCGAGGAGACGGCCCCACCUAGCAGUUGGCCCCAGACGGGCCGAGUGGAGUUCCGGGACUACGGGCUGCGCUACCGGGAGGACCUGGACUUGGUCCUCAAGCACAUCAAUGUCACCAUCCAAGGGGGAGAGAAGGUUGGCAUCGUGGGCCGGACAGGAGCUGGGAAGUCAUCCCUGACCCUGGGCUUGUUUCGGAUCACCGAAUCCGCCGAAGGAGAGAUUGUUAUCGACGGGGUGGACAUCGCCAAGAUCGGGCUGCAUGAUCUCCGCUUCAGGAUCACCAUCAUCCCUCAGGAACCUGUUUUGUUUUCGGGCUCCCUCCGCAUGAACCUGGACCCGUUCGACAAAUACUCAGACGAAGACAUCUGGACAUCGCUGGAGCUGGCCCACCUGAAGAACUUCGUGUCAGCCCUUCCUGAUAAGCUGAACCACGAAUGCACGGAAGGCGGGGAGAACCUGAGCGUCGGGCAGCGGCAGCUCCUGUGCCUGGCCCGGGCCCUGCUGAGGAAGACAAAGGUCCUGGUGCUGGACGAGGCCACGGCGGCCGUGGACCUGGAGACGGACGACCUCAUCCAGUCCACCAUCCGGACACAGUUUGACGACUGCACUGUCCUCACCAUCGCUCACCGGCUCAACACCAUCAUGGACUACACGAGGGUGAUUGUCCUGGACAAAGGUGAGAUCCGGGAGUGCGGCCCCCCUGCCGCCCUCCUACAGCAGCGGGGGCUCUUCUACGGCAUGGCCCGAGACGCCAACUUGGUGUGAGCCCCAGCGCACUGGCCUCCGCUCGGAACGGCAGGGCCCACAUGCUGGCACCACGGAAGAGUCAGCAACUCUUGGAACCCUCGCCUCCAGUGCUGAAACCAAAAUAAUAAUAAUGACAAAACCAAAACUCCCCCCCAAAAAAAAACCAACCAGGCAAAGCAGCCACCGUCUGGCUCCUUGCCUGGAAUUGGCUUUGAAGACAUGGGAGAGACACAUCCCACCCAAAGCACACGCCCCUCACCUCUGUCGUACCCACCAGGCACAGCACCCAUUCCCAGGCCCCUGGGACCCUCAGCUCGUGUCCUCUGGUGCUUCCCACAGAGGAGGCUUUGGCAGCCAGACUUUGACUAAGUUGGUUGCGUGAAAUCUGCUAGUGACCAAAUCCAGCCCUGCCUCAGUUCUCUCCACCUGGAGGCUGUGGACUCAGAAUCUUCGGGAAGCUCCUCCCGAGGCCAUAACCUCCUUGUCUGGCUCCACCACAUCAGCCUGAGGCCUGGCGAAGAUGGUUCUCUCCCUCGGGCAGUGCCUUGAGGGCUGUGACACUCUUCUUCCUCCGCAUCUGGUCUUCCAGGCCCUCAGACAGACACUGCGAGCCAACAGAGCCGACGUCCCAGAGUGUCUCCUCGGAGGCAGAGGGUGGCCUCCUGCACCCGCAUCCCUUCUCCUCGAAGGGGGUUGGCCGAAUCCACCAAGAUCCGGGUCCUGGAGCCCCAGGGCCAGCCGGUUACCUCUUCCUGCCGACUUCCCGUCUUGGCUGCUCUCCUCCCCGCCCACCCCAGUCUCGCCCUUGCUAUCCUUCCUGCCCUCUCUCCCCACUGCUAGAAUGGGUUUACCGUCCUUGGUGCCCCAAAGGGAUGACGUUCUGGGAAUGGUUAUGAAGCGUUCAAAGUGGGCGGCACUAGGGCCACACACAGCCCACCCCCAAUAUUAUCAGUUGGCACUGAGUCUUCCCCGUCUCAUUUUUAUAUUUUUAAUUUCUCAGCCUUGGAAGUUGGUUAACUGCCAAGGUGGCAAGGUGGAGAACUUCACAUUUUGUUACUGAGUCUCUUCCAGGACAGAAAAAGAACCCACUUGUGGGGAUUAGCGCUUUUAUUUUAUUUUUUUGUAAGUACUGCUCCAGGGAGAAAAAGAAUCUCAAGGCAUUUGCUUUCUUGGGAGGAAGUAUCAGGCAGAGCAGUGUUCCUGGGGAAGACUAAGCUGGCCCUGCAUUUGAUAGUUGGUCCGGGUGUUUCUGGAAGAAAAAAGAAGAGUAGAGUGACUCAAGCCUGUCCUUCAGGUUUCUUGGUUGAAGACCAAAGUGAUACCUAAAAAGCAGAGGGAGGUUGAAUUACAUUGCUGACUUCAAACCCAGAGAAGCAUCUUUCUUUUAGGUGGAAAUAUAUAUUUAUUUUUUUGUAAGUUAUACCAUUCUUUCACUUUAGAUAAGCCAAAGUUUUCAUGGGCAAUUUUUUGUAAUGACCUACACUGGAAACAUGAACAUUUGCAAAUAAUUUACAGUAAAAAAGAUACUUUAUUUCUUUCUAAA